UAAAUACUCCUAAUUUAGCUUUUAAUUAUUUUAUAUCUAAAGUAAUUAACUAAAAAAAUUAAAAACCCUAAACUAAUCACUUUGAAACCAUCUGCCUCCCUGGGAUUAGUCCCUCUCGGCGGCGGCGCCUGCUCCCAAUUCUCUGAUUCUCAUGAACAAGACUCACCAAUCAAAAUCGGAGACGCUCCAUGAUCUAUCUUCUCAAAACGAGCCCUCACUUCUCCGGUCUCCGAUUCUCUGAGAAAUGUGUCGGGGCGCUCCGCCUCCAUCGUCUCCUUCUCGAUGGAAACUGCCACCACCGGCUGAAUGGAGAGAGGAUAGUAGAGGGAAGAGACGGUCGGAAGCAUCUUUUCAAUUGCGGCGGCAACGAUGAACAACAGCUGAGAGGAAAACCUUCUGAGGAAACUUCUUUUUCUCGGCGCCGGCCGACGACGAAUGUUGGGAAUAAUCGACGAAACUCCUUUCUCAUCUUCACCUACACCAAACUCCACUGCUAGGCCUGCAACUAUGUCCCUUUAGGCAAUUGGAGCUGCGGGGACCGAAUCUCUUUGCCGCCGCAAAGAAGAGGAAGAGGAGGCAGAGGGUUUCAAAGUGAAUUAGACAAUUAGUUUAGGGUUUUGAUUUUUUUAAUUAAUUAAUUAAUUUAAAUAUAAAAUAAUUAAAUCAACAUUAGGAGCAUUAAAAAGUACAUGAGGGUAAUUGAGUCAUUUCUCAGUCGAUUUAACAGGCACUUAACAGAAAAAUAGAUGGAAGGGUAAACUUGUUACGUUUCAAUAUUAGAGGGGUAUGUUUGUGCGAAAAUUUUGUGGAGGGGUACGUUUGUUAAUUUAUCAUAAUAGAGGGGUACAAAAUGCUAUUAACCCUAAACAAUAUAAUAGCUAAAUCUUUUUGAAAACAAUCUAAUAUCCAAAUCGUCAACUUUCCGUCCGUUUGACCGUUGGUUGAAACUUCAAAAAAGCUUUGUUUAGGGGAAAUUUCACAAUACAACUUAAUUUUCUUGUUUUGGCAUUGCAGAUAUUGAAUAUUUAGAUAUUCUAUACCAUCAUGGUGGAGUCAUGGACUUCUCGGGUUUGGAACCACGACAUGUUGGUGGUUUUUCAGAGAAGAUAUCGAUGGAUAUUGAUGAAGCGUCGUACUUCGAACUUUUUUGAAGUGUCAACUAACGGUCAAACGAAUGGAAAGUUGAUGAUUUGGAUAUUAGAUUGUUUUCGAAAAGGUUUGGCUAUUAUAUUGUUUAAAAUGAAAGGUUUGGAUAUUAAAUUGUAUUUACCCAAAGAAGAAAAGAUCCCACAAACAAACAAUACCAAAGAAGAAGGUUUUCAAAGUAGACAAAACUUAUCAGAUAUCGGGGCAAUCAAAUCAAAUCAAAUCAAACACGGAAAGAAUCAUUUCCAGUCUUCACUAAGAAGACCAUAUAAGAAGAAGGACUCGGCCUAACUCGUGUAAGGUUUUCAGGGAAAUCAAAAGCAAAGUGAUUGAGAGAGCAAUUACAGUAUUUUGAUUGAAAACACUGGUUGUUGCUUAUCGGAGAGAUUAGUUUUGAGAAUAUGAGUGUGUAAACAGGGAGUUGAAACACCAGAAUCAGAAGUAGACUGUUAGGCAGAGAGCUGAUUGGGUCUAACUUAAAGCUUGUAAGAGGAACAAGUGAAAUCAUUUUAGUGCUUACGUAGGAAAUCUCAAGAAGAUAAUUUCAUACUAUGAAUUAGUCGAUAUUGAGAUCUUUAUUCUUUGAAUAUUGGAUACUGCGUAAAAAUUAGCUUUGCAUCGUGUUUGCUUUAGUUUUAGUCUGUGUGUUUUUGUUAUUGGCUUUUUCUACUCUGGUUUGCCUAAGAACAGGAUACAGGGGAGCAGCGGAUAGCUACACGAGGAAUACGACUCAAGUUCAGAGACUGAGUCUGGAAUCUUCAAGUCUGGGCCCAAACCAAUAGUCCAUGUGACUGAAACGAUUAGGCUUUAACCCCAUUGUGAGUUUACAACCAUAAGUAUUAUUAUUCAGUGUCGUUUAACCUAAACUGAAAAUUUCCACUCUUGUUUGUGGAAUUUGAUUGAGUUUGUAGUCUGUGUUUGUUCAUUUUGCACGUACAGCGAUUUAUAGGGUUGUCCAUUUUGUACCACAAAAAAAGCGCUCUCGUAUUAUUGCCUCCAUCCCAUCCUGCUCGUGGAAACUACUGAGAGCCCCCCAAAAGCAAACGAAGAAAUUGCAAUCUGCUGAAGAAGCCCCAAUUUUCCUAAUGGCAAAUGUUAACCCUUUAGGCGUAAAUAAUGAAAAGACUGUGAUCCUACUUCCACACCUGCUCGACAAACAUGACCAACAUUCAUUCCCAACACAUAAGAAGCAUUGUGGAGAGGGAAAGAAGCGAGAAGGCGCCAUUGAUGAUGAUAACUUCAGUUUCGUCUUCCUGUACACAUCCAAUCCAGACGACUCUCAUUUCCAAUACUCUGCUGCCACUCUACCUUCAAGAUAUCCCUGUGUUUCUUUUUUAACUAAUACGCUCCCGUGUGAUCGAUCAAACUUGUUUAGCAUCUUCAAAUUCUCUUUCCAAUGAGACUCUCCGCUAUGAUUUUGAUUCAGUAGUAAACCUGAUUACAAAAGUCACGAGAAUCAGCGAAAGCACUAUAAUGAAGACAUUCAAAUUCAAUGUCAAACUGAAUGGGAAUGAUCACAAAGGGCCUGAGUGGACUGACAUGACCAAUGAUUUUUAAUUAACUUGUUAUUUACUGAUCAACAUGAGGAUCCAUAUAGAGAGGGAUCCAAUUUUAGAUCUGGUACAACAGAUUGUAAGACUUCAUUCGAUGAAUCGAAUCGAUAUAGAGAAAAGAGAUUUUUGCUUACCUGGCUGCUGCCUCAAGUUUGAUCAUAGCACAAACGCAAUUGGCGCAGCUGGUGUUUCAGAUACCCGCCCUUUGACUACUUGCUUCAUCUUGAAAUAGUUUGCUUGACACUUGUCUCGGAGAGAGCCCUGCCAUAUUGGCCCUGCCAAGAAUAUGAACGUCUUCCAACGAGUUGCCAACAAAACCACCUUUGCUGGUACUAUGUCUCUGCUGAAAUCUCCUGCCAUCGGGGAGAUAUGCCCCACUAUUCCCAAGGCUGUUUCGUGAUUGCAUUAUACGGGACGAAGGGAACCUUGAAGCUGCAGAGUACUGAUCGCCGUCUGGUCUUCUCCAUAGCUUCGAGCUCAAGAAUUCUGUGCCGGGGAGCUUGCAGCAUGUGUUAUCGGCUGAAUCGGUCUCGGGUAUCCUUCCUCUUGAUACAGCCAGGUCAUGUGAUAUUUCAUCCAAUGCCAUUUCCAAACCAUGCACUCUCGUCUCCAGAGAGUUAAUCCCACUCUGAGAGCUCCCCAUGAAUCUCUGAAUUCAAGCAAAUAAAUGAAUGGCAGCAAAGUCA